CCGCGAGUCCACUGCCGCCGCAGCCCCCCAAUGCAGCCGCGAGAAGCAGCGGGGGGGCAGGAGAUCGAAGCCACUGGAAACAUCGUCUCCUGGAAGACCGGAGCUGUUGUGAUCAUGGAGGCAUCUUUGUCCUUUCUGUGACUGGAGCAAUGCUGACCUCGGUUUCCUGGACCCAUUCUGACUCAGGAGCCUUCACGUAAAUGGGUCCAGUCAUGCCUCCCAGUAAGAAGCCAGAAAGCUCAGGAAUUAGUGUCUCCAGUGGGCUGAGUCAGUGUUACAGGGGCAGCGGUUUCUCCAAGGCCCUUCAGGAAGACGAUGACCUCGACUUUUCUCUGCCUGACAUCAAAUUAGAAGAGGGGGCCAUGGAAGAUGAAGAGCUGACCAACCUGAACUGGCUGCAUGAGAGCAAGAACUUGCUGAAGAGCUUCGGGGAGUCGGUCCUCAGGAGCGUCAGCCCUGUCCAGGACCUGGACGAUGACACGCCCCCGUCCCCUGCCCACGCCGACAUGCCCUACGAUGCCAGGCAGAACCCCAACUGCAAACCCCCCUACUCCUUUAGCUGCCUCAUAUUUAUGGCCAUCGAGGACUCUCCGACCAAGCGCCUGCCAGUAAAGGAUAUCUACAACUGGAUCUUGGAACAUUUCCCAUAUUUUGCAAACGCACCUACUGGGUGGAAAAACUCAGUGAGACAUAAUUUGUCAUUGAAUAAGUGUUUUAAGAAAGUGGACAAAGAGAGGAGUCAGAGUAUUGGGAAGGGGUCAUUGUGGUGCAUAGACCCGGAGUAUAGACAAAAUCUAAUUCAGGCUUUGAAAAAGACACCUUAUCACCCACACCCACACGUGUUCAGUACACCUCCCGCCUCUCCUCAGGCAUAUCAAAGCACAUCAGGUCCACCCAUCUGGCCGGGCAGUACCUUCUUCAAGAGAAAUGGAGCCCUUCUACAAGAUCCUGACAUUGAUGCUGCCAGUGCCAUGAUGCUUUUGAAUACUCCCCCUGAGAUACAAGCAGGUUUUCCUCCGGGAGUGAUACAGAACGGAGCGCGGGUUCUGAGCCGAGGGCUGUUUCCUGGAGUCCGGCCAUUGCCAAUCACGCCCAUCGGAAUGACGGCCACCGGGAGGAACGGCCUCAGCGGCUGCAGGACGCGGACUGAGAGCGAGCCCUCGUGCGGCUCCCCGGUGGUCAGCGGGGACCCCAAGGAGGAUCACAACUACAGCAGUGCCAAGUCCUCCAACGCCAGGAGCACCUCGCCUGCCAGCGACUCGGUCUCCUCCUCCUCGGCCGACGACCACUACGAGUUUGCCACCAAGGGGAGCCAGGAGGGCAGCGAGGGCAGCUUCCAGAGCCACGAGAGCCACAGCGAGACGGAGGAGGACGACAGGAAACACAGCCCAAAGGAGGCCAAGGAGGCCCUGGGGGACAGCGGCUACGUGUCCCAGCACAAGAAGCGCCAGCACUUCGCCAAGGCGAGGAAGGUGCCCAGCGACACGCUGCCCCUCAAAAAGAGACGCACGGAAAAGCCCCCCGAGAGCGACGACGAGGAGAUGAAAGAGGCCGCGGGGUCGCUCCUGCACUUGGCAGGGAUUCGGUCCUGUUUGAAUAACAUCACCAAUCGGACGGCAAAGGGGCAGAAAGAGCAAAAGGAAACCACGAAAAAUUAAAAACAAGUCACUGAUUUGUUUUGAACUUACGGCCAUUUGGUUUCAGCAUGUCAGGAGAUUUCUAAUGAUUUGUGGCAAUAUCAGCAAUUUCUUUUUUUUCUUUUUUUCCUUUGGUUUGGUUUUCUUUCUUUUCUUUUCUUUUCUUUUUUAAUUUGCCCCCCUCCUUUGUUUUGGACCCUUGAGAAUUUUAUUUUUAAAGGAGAUUGAAGCCAUAGAACUCAUUGACAUUCAGCCGUUUUACAAAAGCUUCUCAUUAUCUGAAGACAAAACCGAAAAAGCCAAAAUUACCAUUGCUUCCUCCAGCUUGUCAGAGGCAUGUGGCGGAUCCGCAGGGAUGGCGACGAGAAUGCCACGGAAUACCCAUACUUGGCACCUAGAGGCACACGUGCGAGGUCGUCACCUGUCAGGCCUGCCCUUAGGUGUAAAAGGUUAGGAUGUCCACCCAGUUGGGGUCACUGGGUGAAAGUGCAUGAGGCCACUGGGGAGAAGGAAGAGCCCCCAGCUCCCCAGGAGCAGACCCAAGCUUGUGGCACCAGGCAGCGUAUUAUGCCAGGAAAACCCUUGGCAUUGCCACUCAGCAUGCGGGGGUGGGGGGCAGGGAAACCAGUCCUCUGUGCUGCUUCGUUGUGAAGCUUUCCCAGUCAUCUUUCAAGGGGGACACUGGACGUUCGUGGACACUGGGUGUCAAUGACUAAGGAAAGGAAAUGGGGUCGAUUUUUAGUGAUGUUCCUAAUCCUUGAAUUCUGUUCUAUAUUAAAUUAAGAGAAUGUUCCACAAGCCAUAAGCCUGAAGGUUGGCCCCGCGCGUGCACACACACACACACACACACACACACACACACCCACACACCCCAGAGUGAGAAAACAGGCCAUGUGUGCUCAGCCGCCCAAGUGAAAAGCAAAUCCAAGACAUUACAAUAGCUGUCAAGGAAGGAAAUAAUGGUACAAAUCUUUUUCUGUCUGUCAAAACUAUUUGAUCUAAGUGAAAACAAACAAGCAAAAAGCUACGGAACCUGCCAUUAGUAUUGUGGUAUAUUUUUAAAAGAUGAAAGGCACAUUGAUGGACAAAAACAAAAAAGGAGAACGUGGCAAAAAACAAACAAACUCCUAUACUGCCCUCAAAAUGGAGUUUGCAAAUAUUGUCAGUCAGGAUUCAUCUUUGCAAAAAUCAGUGAUUUCCACAUUCAGCCAGUGUAGCCAGCAGAAAUUUCUGAUCCAGAGUGCAUGGAUUCCUUCUAAAAGAAAAAAAGAAAAAAGAAAAAAAAAAAUCACAAAAACACAAACUUUUUUUUUAUUCAAAAAUAAAGUUCUUGUAAGGUAAAUGUAUUUAGCAUGAAGCAUGAAUUAUUUUCAUAUAAAUAUAGAACAUAGAGAAAAGGCUAUGCCUCUAAUUUUUAAGCCCUUAGGCUUAGAAGUUCUUUGGGUUUUCUUCUUUUUUUGUU